AGAAAUUGAGUUGAUGUUUACUUCGCAAUAAUUCGUCAUUUAAUGGAUUCAAGAAAGUCUUCAGGAGGAACAAUGAUAGCUCAAAGAAACUGAUAUAGCAAAGGGAGACUUGGUGAGAGACAUUGAAGCGGGAAAGAUGGAAGGAAUACAGACAGAGUACCAGCGACUGGAGUCGACAGAUGAUGUGGACCAUGAUGAGCGGAAUGUGAUGCUGCAUGUUACCGACGAUACUGGGAAAGCUCGCUGGAAUCACAUUGAGAAUCUAGAUGAGUUCUUUGCAAGAAUCUAUCACUAUCAUCAGAAACACGGAUACCUAUGUAUGAUGGCAGCCCAAAUUUUUGAACUAGUGCAAUUUAUAUUCAUAGUUUUGUUCUCGAUGUUCCUUCUUCGAUGUGUGGACUACAGCUUGCUGUUUGGCGACACUAGGCCACCAGGAGUGACCAAGGUUUCUCUGUCGGACGCUUUCAUGCCGUUAAACGAGUGCUCCAGAAAUCCUCCGACAGUGCUGGUGGUCUGUGUAAUUAUAGCUGGUGUAUUCUGGAUCCAUCGAGUCGUCAGAGUCAUCUACAACGCUCUUCACUACUGGGAGAUAAGAUCCUUCUAUAGGCUUGCCCUCAAGAUCUCGUCGGAGGACUUGCUGAACCUGACUUGGCACGAUGUCUUGAAGAGAUUGCAAGAAGUCCAGAAAGACCAGAGGAUGUGUAUACACAAAGCAGAGCUCACCGAGCUUGACAUCUACCAUCGUAUCCUGAGAUUUAAGAACUAUUCCAUCGCCAUGGUAAACAAAUCACUAAUACCGCUACAUCACAGAGUGCCACUUCUUGGGGACAUAGUUAUUUUAACAAAUGGACUGAAAUACAACUUAGAAAUGAUUUUGUUCUGGGGUCCUUGGGCUCCAUUCCAGAAUUAUUGGCAUCUCAAGGAGGAAUAUAAACGUGCCUCAAACAGAGAAGAACUAGCUAGACAACUUUCCAAGCACAUAGCCUGGAUAGCUCUUGCCAACAUCCUGCUUUGUCCAUUCAUCCUCCUAUGGCAGCUACUCUACACAUUCUUCAACUACAUGGAUCUCAUCAAACGCGAUCCUUCAACAUUAGGAACACGUAGAUGGUCACUGUAUGCUCGGCUUUAUCUGAGGCACUUCAAUGAGAUGGAUCAUGAGUUUCAAGCCAGAUUAAACAGAGGCUACCGUCCAGCUAAGAAAUACAUGAAUUCCUUCACUUCCAACAUACUUGCCAUAAUUUGCCAGAACAUAGCAUUCUUUGCUGGAUCCAUUCUCGCCGUGCUGGUCAUCCUAGUGGUGUAUGAUGAAGACGUGCUGACGGUUGAACACGUCCUGACAACCACCACCAUCCUUGGUGUCAUUAUCACCAUCUGCAGGACUUUUAUUCCGGACGAGAAUCUGAUCUUCUGUCCAGAGACGUUGAUGCAGAGUAUCCUAGCCCAGAUCCACUAUAUCCCAGAUUCAUGGAAGGGAUGCGCUCAUUCCUACAGGGUCAGAGAUGAGUUCUCACAAAUCUUCCAGUUCAAGGCGACCUAUUUCUUAGAGGAGCUACUGAGCCCUCUCAUCACUCCCAUUGUCCUACUUAUGCUACGAGGCAAGGCGCUAGACAUCGUUGACUUCUAUCGUAACUUCUCCGUGGAUGUCGUAGGAGUCGGUGACGUGUGCUCAUUCGCGCAGAUGAACAUCCGGAAUCACGGCAAUCCAAAGUGGAUGACAGAAGGUAAAUCAGACGCCACUCAGUACCAGCAGGCUGAAGACGGCAAAACGGAGUUAUCCCUCGUGCAUUUCACGAUGACCAAUCCAAAAUGGAAACCCCCACAGGAGAGUAAAGUAUUCAUCAAUGCUCUUAAAGAACAAGCACACAAGGACGCACAUCUGUUGAACACGGUAGAGGCCGAGAACACAGCCCUGAUGACAUCUCUAAGGUCGCUGUCGUCUCUGGAGGGCGGAUACAGCAGCAUUAUGGGCAGUCUGGCUGUCCAGCACGGUAUGAACAGCUUACCCCUGUCCUUCAUGCCACCCUUGGGUACCCCUAGAGGUAUGGAGAGCAUGAUGGGGAAGGUUUCCACCCCGGGCUCUAAGGUCCGAGGGGCUAUCUGCAGCACGGAGGGGCCGUUGCAGGGAGAGGCCUCUGGGCUACUUGGAAGCGUAACAAGUUCUGGUCCACUUCAGACGAGUCUAGGGCCGCUGACUGAGGAAAACACUGAACUAUCGAUGGUUUCAACGGUCGUAACGCCAUCGACUGUGGACAGCACCAACGAUAUGAACUUUAGUGCACUCUACAUGCAUCAGCUUCAUGAUCGUGGGGUCCUCCUCCAGGAGAUGCCAUCAGCUUCUCAACACACUCCUGACGAUGACAACAACGAGGACAUAGCGAGGGGUCACUGGGCUCUAUCAGACGAUCAACAGCCACUCUCAAGCCUCUCCGGUCCUAGGGGUACCCCUGAGGAAUUCCACUCUUUACCUGGACUCUCAAGUCUACCGGUAGUACAAGAGGGUAGCCUUGUGGAUACUGGAGGCACGGAUGUUAAUGUUUAAUCAGAAGGGUAGACUCGUCCAGGCUUAACCCUCCUACACCCUGGACUCUCAAGGCUAUCCGUCGUACAAGAGCCUUGUGGACACUGGAGGCAUCAUGGAGGACAUCAAUGUUUAGUCACAAGGGUACACUCGUCCAGGCUUAACCCUCCUUCACCCUGGACUCUCGAGCCUGCCGGUCGUCGUACAAGAGCCUUGUGGAUACUGGAGGCACGGAUGUCAAUGUUUAGUCGGAGAAGUAUGCUCGUCCAGGCUUAACCCUGCUACACUCUCAGUAAGUUGGCCAACCAUUUGAACUUUUUCAACUGAUAUGGGUUGUCAUCUAGCAACUGUGCACAGAACUGUGUUGAUGCAUUCGUUAUAUAUGAUGUCUUAUUGCAGGUAUGCAAAAUUGAUCCAUUAUUCAAGACUAGCGUGGCAAUAUUGAAUGGUCAGAGAGUAGGAGGGUUGACCGUGUACUGUGUAGAUGCAUUCAACAUUCAUGAUAUAUUGUAGGCUGCGGUGGUUUUAUCUCUCAUGACGUUUAUGGUGUAUGCGUUCACUACAUUAUAUCAUAUUGUACAUGUAGGUUGGCAUAGUGCUUCUAUAAUUCAAAGAAAAGAGUCUUUUCUUUGGAUGAUACUGAAAGGUCAGACAGUAAGAGGGUUGACCGUGUGUUGCUUUAACCACAUAUUGCAAGCUGGCAUAGUAUAACUAACAUUCAAAAUAAAAUUGGCGAUAUCGAAUGGUCGGACAGUAUGAGUUGAUCCUAAGAUUCUUUGAACUUAAAGGCAGUGGACACUAUUGGUAAUUACUCUAAAUAAUUAUUAGCAUGAAACCUGACUUGAUUACGAGUA